AGGCAGAGAGGUGCGCGGGCGCGAUCCGCUCACUGCUGGCUGCUGGCUGCUGGCUAGUGCCAGUCGACUGGUGUCGUGUGCACGUGUCCAGUUAGCAGAGAAUACAGUGCGCGUGUUGCUAUCCCGGUCAUACUUCGCCGACCAAGUAGUAGAGUGAGUUGUGAGCGGUUGUUCGAUGGUGAGCGGAUCGGACGUCUGACUGCUGACUGUUGGAGGAUUUGCCUUGUCACCACGACGCCAAUUCAGCAAGAUCUGCAGCAGGCGGCUGGGCCCCCCUAUGGUAGGCGUCGGGGCGGCCUUCAGCUGUUCGCGUCAGACACGACGCCGGGCCCCGGGGCUGGGGCGGCCCUGCCCCAUCCGCUGCUGCUGCACAGCGCGCCUUGCUGCGCUGCCGUACCCUUGCCGCUGCCAGUCACUCAGGCCCACAACAUAGGUCGGGCUCCGGGAGCAUCAUCGUCAGCCUCCACGAUGAUAAUAGCAUGCGCCGGCUGCGACAAGCCGAUCCUCGACAAAUUCCUGCUGAAUGUGUUGGACCGACCCUGGCAUGCUGAGUGCGUCCGAUGCUGCGAUUGCAACAGCAACCUCACCGACAAGUGCUUCAGUCGAGAGGGCAAGAUCUUCUGCAGGAACGACUUCUUUAGGCGGUUCGGGACCAAAUGUGGGGGAUGUGAUCAAGGAAUUUCACCAACUGAACUUGUGCGAAAAGCAAAGAACAAAGUUUUCCACCUGAACUGUUUUGCUUGUAUGAUUUGUCGAAAGAAAUUAUCAACCGGCGAAGAAUUGUACUUUUUAGACGACAACCAGUUCAUUUGUAAAGACGAUUACAUCACGGGGAAGCGAGGUGAUAGCUUACCGUACUCAGGCUCCGAAGAGGAUGAUGACGACGAGACGAGUGGUGGCAUCCUGAAGCACCAUCAUCUGCACCAUGGUCAGCUCCUUCCUGCCACACCAGAAGCCAACAACAACUCAUUAUCUGAUCCUCUGGGUCAUCCACCCACCUCCGAUGCGAAAACCGCACAGGACGACAGUGAAGACCAAGGUUCUUUGGAUGGCGAUCCAGAGACGAGGGAUUCACAAACAGAAAACAAAUCACCAGAUGACGGUAACUCUGGCUCGAAACGAAGAGGUCCUCGGACAACGAUAAAAGCUAAACAACUGGAAAUACUGAAAACUGCUUUCUCGCAAACACCGAAACCAACAAGGCAUAUCAGGGAACAGCUCGCCAAAGAAACAGGCCUACCAAUGAGAGUCAUCCAGGUGUGGUUUCAGAAUAAAAGAAGCAAAGAAAGGCGGAUGAAGCAACUGACGUCGAUGGGUAGAGCGCCGUUUUUCGGUGGUUCCCGUAAGAUGAGAGGCUUCCCGAUGAACCUAAGUCCUGGAAGUCUGGAUGAGCCACCUCCAGGCUUCCCCUACUUCGCGGCCGAUGGCAAAUAUGAGUUCGGCUAUGGUCCUGGCGGCUUCCACCAUGAGUUCUUCCCCGGACACCAUGGGCAUGGCCCCCCUGGCCAACCCCUCUCCUUCAACCCACAGGGUGGUCCGAUGGAUGGACCGGGACCGAUCGGAGUGCCGAUGGGCGGCGACUUCGGCGAUCCGCAGCCAGGCUUCCUGGGCCAGCCACCGCCGGGUCCCCCACCGGGUCCGCCAUCCGGUGCUGCCGAUCCGCAGAUGCUGUCGCAGCGAGCGAGUCCUGAGUUCAUCAACUCGCAGGUGGGGGGCGCCGGAUUCUCGGAACCGCAACCUGUGCAGAGCGAGGGAUUGGUCUGGUGAUAGCAAUUGGCGCCGGCUGAGAUCGAGUGCCAUACAACGCAUGUUUGAGCUCUGCAAACAAUCUGGCAAAGAGGAUUCCGAAUCAAUACCAGGGUUUGCAGCCGAUUGAUAAAACAUUUUCCAAUAUGUACAAUGUACCUGAAUCCAUCUCGCUACAGAAAAUCUUAAAGCAUAACUGAUGGCAAGUAUAGGCUAUGCUGCCUGACAUUUUCCCAAGAUGUUCCAUGUACCUGAAUCCAUCUUGCCACAGAACAUCUUGAUGCAUAGCUGAUACCAAGUAUAGGCUACAGUAUAAUGCCGAGAAGAUGGUCUGCUCUUCAGAUGCUUCGAAGAACUCUUAAAAAUCUUGAAUCAUUACUGAUUUAUAGUACAGGCUAUGGUAUGAUGACACGAAGAUGGUCUGCAAGUGCUUAUGUCCUAGAAGAACAUUAAGCCAAGUGUUUUGGCGAUCCAAGGAUAACAAAAUUCAUCGAAUUCAGCUUUGCUGAUGCCAAGUGUAUGUAAUCAAAACGAUUAUCAGCAAACAUAUGGAGAACAUCCAUCUAUGAAGCCUUAAUUCAGCUGCAUACUGUAUCCUUGCAGAGAGUUGUCAGGUGAGAGCUUUGCAGAUCAUACUGAAGCUGUUAUUCCAGAAACAUUUGUUUCACAUUCGAUUUCACAUCUAAGAACUUUACUGUACUUCAUUGUACGACUUUUAACAACAAAUUGAUAGGUCUAGUCUAAUGAUCUGACCAUGACCUGCAAGACUGUUUGAGAGUACUAGGACUGCUGGAGAAUUUAUAACGACUGCAGACGUUUUCAUACGCUUGGAAAAUGUUUUAAAGAUACUACAAUAUGUUUUCGGUAUAUGACUCGCAGAUCUUUCUACCAACAAAGCCAACGUUUCUACAUUUUGCAGACGCUCAACAAACGCUCAUCAGACGCUCGGCAGACUUUCAGCAGAACAUCCGAGGCCGACGCCAAUGCUGCUUCUUGUUUUUGUUUUUAUCGUUCAGAUGCAAUUCUAUAUUCUAGCUUGUAAAUAUUUAUACACACUUUUAUCGGAAACGUGCUUCCGAAAAUGAACUGUCGAGUUAUGGACAAACAGUGAAAAUUGUUCGCUUUACGCUUGUGUUAUAUGAAAUGAUUUAUUACUGUGGUGAAUUCUUCUUGUGAAAACAGAUGUAGAAGGUAUACUGAUUUGGUUUCUGCUCAUUCACGAGAAUGACUCUCAUCCCAGAUAGAAAAUCCGUCGAAAUAGGUCUCUAUAAGUAUAGAGAUCUAUCACGAUCUUCACUCUUAGACUACUUGAACUACCUGUGUUUGAGUUUUUAACCAGUAUGAUUUUUCCGAUAUUGCACCGUACUAUAAUGCCUCAUUUUCUAAAUAGGUAAAACAUACUGAAAUGUUCUUUUAUAUGGUACAUAAAGAUAAAAGAUUUAUAGCAUCUAACGGUGGUGAAUAGUAAUGUAAUGUUCAUAAAGUACUAACUAGAACUGCAAUGAAGUUUUAUCUCUUAUCACACGAUUUGAUGUGAUUGAUCGUUUUAUUACUGCUUGUGAAAACUGUUCACGCUCUCAGUGAUGUUACCACUGAUAGUGAUGUGAGAACCAAUAUUUUGAGAAAGAAAAAAGUUAAGAUACAUUCUCGUGAAUUGGAGUAUUAUUAGUUCUUUGUUGAACAAUCCUUGAGUAGGAAUACAUGUUAGUUUCAGUAAUUGAGUCUCUCAAGAUUUCUAUAAAUCUGUGAAAACAUGUGAAAAUUGUCGGAGAACAAUCUCCAAUUAAUUAUUGUAGACGAUGUAACUAGUUUAUACGUUUUCAAGAGUGAAUGCAAAACAUUACUGUUGAUAAUUGGAAACGUGAUCAUAGCUUGAUUUUCUAACGAAAUUUGAGUGUUCUGUCAUUUAAGGUCUGUGAUGCUAGUGUAUUUAUUCAAUUUGUUGCCAUUCAUAUUGUACAAUUUAUCAAUGCUUCAUCAUUUGUAGACCUAAUCUCACUCAGAUGUAAGGUUUUUGAAGUGAAACUUUCAUGAAUGGAUUUAGCAUUGAUUUAAUUUUACUUGUCUUUCACUUUACAAGUGUUAAUAGUAACAGAAACUCAAAGUAGAUAAUUAUUUCUCUUCCAGUCUUUUCAGUCAUCCUCAACCUAACACUGUCCAAAUUUCACUUAUGAGGCAUUCAAGAAAUAAUUCCUACUUAUAAUGGAAUUUUUAUUGCCUCUUACUUAGUCAAUGAUUUAUGAUCUGUGAAGAGAAUAAUUAAAAACAUGAAAAUGGACCAUGUUUAGAAAAGGCAGCAAAGCUAGCCCAUUACACUCUUACAAAACUUUCAAUUGGUUUUACUUGUUUUUGUAUUUUGGUUUAAAUAGGUCUUUCAAGGGCCUGGAAAGCUUUUGGAACCAAGGCAAAAACGAAUUGUCUGGAUGUACGAGUAUACCGGCUAUAUAUACAUUGUAUAUACUUUACAGAGUAUCUUUAGGGAUACUCACAUUUAUGUAUAAAAAAUAGAGAUGGGAUUUGUUGACGUGUUUAUGUUGAUAUUAAAAACAGUCUGAUAGUAAUAGACAGAUAAAUCUGGAGCUGAAAGGAUAGAUAGCUAUGCAUUAUCUAUUUCAAUUAUUAUAUUUUAUUAUUACAUCACAAUAAUAAUUAUUAUUGUCAUUUGUUCUAAUUGAUCGCUUACAUUUGUUCUGUUGUAAUAAUAUUAUAUCAUAAUAACAACUUGUGUAUAAAAAAUAAAUGCCUAUGUAAAUAGAAUGAAAAGAUAUCUAAAAACUGUGACUUUAUUAGCCUUAUGCAUGUUGAUUCUCUUUAUCAUAAUUCCUACCUCUCUCAUUACCUGGCAAUUGAAGAAAUUGGGAUUAUAUCUUAGUAUCACUAUAAGUUUGUGAUCUGAAUGUAGUGCUAAGUGAUUGGGAAUUGCAUAUGAGUUAAUUUUGUGUUGUUAAUUAUUCUAUAAAUAUAGUGUGUUUAAGAAUA